AUGGGUUGGGGAGGGGGAAAACCCCAAAAGAGCGAAUGGGGUAUUACGGACAAGCUUCAGAUCCCGUUCUGGGGGAGAAGCGUCCGCAAGCUGGCCCACCAGCUGAACCCGUUGCCCUUGUGGGAUGCCAGCAAGGAGCAGCUGGGCCGCUCCCCACCCGUAGAAAAACUGCAUGACUGGAAACCACAGACGCCAGCGCCCCCGACACCUCCUCGCCAGGAUGCUUCACGACCCGUCACUCCACUCCCUCCUGGCGGCACCGCGCGGUUGUGCGCGCUCUCCUUCGGAGAAGGAGUGGAAUUUGACCCCUUGCCACCCAAAGAUAUAAGGUACACCUCCUCGGUGAAAUACGACUCGGAAAAGCACUUCAUCAAUAAUAUUUACCUGCCGGUGGGACUGGGUCUCUCCUCCUGCAGCCAGACGGUCGUUUGCGUCCCCGACUGCACGUGGCGUAACUACAAAGCCGAGGUGCACUUUCAGCCUCGCCACCGGGCCCGGAGUUUCGCCAGCACCACCAUCGUCUACCCCAAGAACACGACCACCGUGUACACCACCACACUGGAUUACAAUUGUCGGAAGUACACACGGAGGUUCUUGUCCAGCGUGGAACUGGAGUCUUCGGGGAACGAGAGCGGCUGAGCCGGGCUGUUCUCUCUCGCCCGCCCUCGGUAUGCUCGGCUCUGGGGUGCGUCUGGCAACCGUCUCCACCGAACGGGGAAAAAGAGAAAUCAACGAAACCUCCCGUAGCCUUCCUUCCCCCUUGAGCGAAUUUCGUCUUUUGCUACCUCUCCCCUCCAAGCGUGGGUCUUCAGCCUUAAGGAUUCUGUUGGGCUCCACUAAAUUUCGUUGUUUGCAGGAAUUGAGAUCUUUUGUCCAUAAGAAAACAUCCCACUUUUCUCCCUUUAAUUUAACUGUAAUUUCCCCCCCACUGCCUUGGCCGUUCUCGUGUGCGCCAUGAAAAUCAUUCUUUCCGAAGGCCGAAGUAACUUGAUUUCAUUCAAGAUGAGGAACCGGAGAUGAACGCUACCGAGUUUAACCGACCCCCUUAACUGGAUGUUUUGUGGUGUGCGAACUGUAUGGGUUGCCUUAUGAGUCCUCUUUCUUUCCUGCUUAAAAUGUAAAAGCCAGGAUCCUCACUUAAAGCCACAAUUUUUGCAUGUAUUUCCACUCCUCCGAGGACUUCGAAGGAGGGCGUGCAGAUUUUGCUGAGGCAAGCUGGGUGGUGGGCAGUUCGCAAUUUUAGAUCCAUUUGUAUCUUGCUGCGUUGCCAAAAGAAAACGAACCCACCAGUGUUUAUGGAGGCUUUGCUAUUUCAAGAAAUUAUUUGAGGAAAUGAAUCUUAAUAAGUUUAAGUCUUUAAACGGGCUUUUAUAUGUAAAGCGCAGGAAGACUGUUAGCUUACAGUUCCCUGAUGCACUCCGUUCUAGAAACCCGAAAUUCUCUUUUGUGUUUAUCGUGAUCACAACAGUCUGUUGUGCAGCUGGUGCCUUUCACAAUGGUGGUUGUACACAGGGGGAUUUACUACCCCUGCAUACGUAGAAGGCAGUCCGCUUUCGGUCGUGAUCCGUGCACAGUUGU